GGCGACACGCCGACCGAAGCCCGAGCGAACGGCUGUGUUCUCGACUUCAUACCAGGCGCAUGUAGGGUUCCCCCAGCGUGUUAUGACGCAGAGUUGGAGGAAGAGUUCUUGGGCUUGCAACAAUGGCAGUGGUUUGCAGACAACGAAAGCCAACAUGAGCUUACUUCCGAGUACAUCAAAGAGACUGGAGGACCGAGCCCAAUCUACGUGUCGAUGGAAUACCACAGGCAACACUGUGCCUACACAUGGAAGAAAUUUCAUCGCGCCGUCUUGCGACACGUGCUGAUCGAUAGUCAUAUCGGCGGAUACGAGCACACGAUUCAUUGUUCGAAUGCACUU